AUGGCGGCCGCAUGGCACACCUUGGGCCCGACUGCGUUAGCAGCAGUCAUAUGGCUUUCUGGACCAUGCCGCCCCCAACUCUUAACCCUGGGCUAUUGUUCCUACUACAACCUGCUAAGCAGCGGAGCUGCUUCAGCUGACCGGCCCUCAUAUCAAAGUCUGGUCCUAGCAGCUGCCAACUUGAGCCUAGAGCACCCUGACGACAACCCUCGAACCACAGCCCGACGACAUCUCACCUGGGAAUCCCGAUAUCGACCAUCCAUGGCAGGGGAACCGGAGGCACAGGUGACAGGCGCACAUGGAGCACGGGACUGGCAACAACCCAACUUUUCACAGGGCUUGUAG